AUGAAAUUAUUCGUGGUGGUGGUUUCGGUAGCGGUGGUCAUCAUGUUCGUGUUCGCCUCGGACAUUGCAGCAGCCCCUACAGAUAAUGAAGUUACGAAUGAUAUGAUCUCACAUUCCGCGCUAGUCGGCCCGCAAGGACAUGUUUCUAGUGCAGAUUCUGGAAGUUCCUCUAAGUCAAGCUCCAAGAACCCAAUAUUGGAAAUCGUAAAAUCCGUUAUUAAACUCAUGACGAAAAUGUUCUCUUUAUCGGAUACUACCAUACCGAUAGGACAGAGUGCACCAUAA